AGAAACCGAUCUAUUUUACCACACGACUCACUCUCACGCCAAAGUAACGUUCGACAUGAAGGCCCUGAUCUGCCUGAUGCUGAUCUCCGUGGCGCUCGCCACCGAGGAGAAGACCGUGGAGAAGCGCGGCCUGUACGGUUUGGGUGAUUACGGUGGUCAUGGUGGAUAUGACGUUGGUUAUGGUGGACAUGGCGGAUAUGGCGGAUAUGGUGGAUUAGGUGGAUUAGGUGGCGUCGCCAUUGCCGUCAGGGAGAAGGCUGUCGCCGUGCCCGUCGCAGUUCCCGUCGACCGUCCAGUGCCCGUCAAGGUUCCAGUCGCCGUCCCGCACGCGGUUCCAGUAGCCGUCCCGGUGCCGCAGCCGUACCCUGUAGUUCAAACCAAGACGAUCGCGGUUCCCGUAGAGAAACCCUACCCAGUUCCGGUCAAAGUUAAGGUGCCAGUGACGAUACCCGCUCCAUACCCCGUCCCCGUCAAGGUAUCCGAGCCAGUCGCAGUUCCGGUCCCACACGCCGUACCAGUCGCGGUUCCGACUCCAGUCAUCGUCAAGGAGACGGUCCCCGUUUUCGUUAAGGGCUACGGCUACGGGUACGGCCACGGCCACGGCCACUAUUAGAUGAAUUUUUCCCCCCAAAAGUCACGCGCGCAUAUCCCCGUGCCCUGUUUUUACCUACCUACCUUACAAACCUACCUACCUGUUGCCCAACAUCGCAAAUUCCAUCGCGACGGGCGGUUGAACUUCAAGACGCUUCCUCCCCUCGUCGCAGUACUCUGAAUUCACGAAAUAAAUCAAUUUUGUAAAUGUUUUCGUAAAGAAAGAAA